AUGUGGAGCUGUCUGGGUUCGAUUCUGGUGAUGGUCAAUGUGGUUGCCGGUCUAUCUCCUGUUAUUAAGAUUGGAGCAAUUUUCGCGGAAGAUGCCCGUGGUGGAAGUACAGAGCUAGCAUUCAAGUACGCGAUUUACCGAGUUAAUAAAGAAAGAAGUAUAUUACCAGAAUCUACUUUGGUGUACGACAUACAAUACAUCACCCCGAGGGACACCUUCAGGGCGUAUAAAAAAGCCUGUAUUCAGAUAAAAUCGGGUGCGGUAGCUAUAUUUAGCAACGCGGGACCUCUGCUUGGAUCGACUCUGUCAGCAAUGAGCAACUCACUUCACACUCCACACUUCACAAUAGAUCCUAGUUAUUAUACACCGUCUAACAGCACAACAUCGUUUACGCUGAAUUUGUACCCCUCUAGGGAACUCCUGGAUGUAGCAUUUACAGAUCUCUCAGCGUAUUUAAAUUGGACAAGGAUGGGAAUAAUUUAUGAAGACUAUGGAUUUGGUGAACUGAAUGUGCUGCGAAUGGCGAGCGAUGGUAGGGACAUGUACGCGGUGCGGUGUACGUCACACGAGUACAGGCGUGCGCUUGCGCAGCUCAAGGCGCAGGGUAUCUCCCGGAUCGUUGUCGAUACAGAUCCGAAGCAUUUGCGGCAGUUGGCUAGAGCUGAUAUGGAACUGUUUGAUCUGGAAGAUUUUUACUACAAUCGCGUGAACAUGAGUGGGUGGCGUCUCGUGAACCGAGACUCUGAUAAAGUGAAGGACGCGUUGCAAGUGAUGGAGAAGUUCCAUCCGAUUGGAGCGUCUAUACUCUCUGGUGGAUAUAUUAAGACUGAUCCAGCGCUUAUAUAUGACGCAGUCCAAGUGCUGGCACUGGCGCUGGCGUCGACCAAGGAUGAACAGAAGACGAACGUAUCCUGUGAUACGGAGGUGCCCCUGGCGCAUGGCACGACGCUUUUACAGAAUAUACAUAAGGUCCAAGCACACGGCCUCACAGGCCCCAUAGAAUUCACAAAUGGCGUCCGUACCACCUUCAACCUCCAGCUUAUGAGGCUGGUGGGGGGAGAAGAUGGAAGAACGGUCAUGUCUGGCACCUGGAGUCCCGACGAAGGGCUGGAAGUCACAGAUCCAGCGGCGUACAGACGGGAUCCACCACCGAAUGUUACGCUUACAGUGGUCACAGUUGAGGAGAAGCCAUACGUGAUGGUAAAAGAAGGCUGGAACCUUCAAGGCAACGCCAGGUUUGAGGGGUUUUGUAUCGACCUACUCGCCCGGGUAGCAGCAAGAGCCGGCUUCGAUUACCGGUUAAGACUGGUCCCGGAUAACAUGUAUGGGGCAUGGGACCCGGAGACGGGGCAAUGGAAUGGCAUCGUUAGAGAACUAAUUGAUAGGAAAGCAGACAUCGCCGUGGCUUCCAUGACGAUAUCCUACGCCAGGGAAGUUGUCAUUGACUUCACGAAACCUUUCAUGAACUUGGGAAUAGGAAUUUUAUUCAAGGUACCAUCAUCGCAGCCAACCCGGCUCUUUAGCUUUUUAAAUCCACUUGCUAUUGAGAUAUGGUUGUAUGUCUUGGCGGCCUAUAUAUUAGUAUCAUUCACGUUGUUUGUGAUGGCCCGAUUUUCGCCUUACGAAUGGUCAAGUAGCACACACGUGUGUGGUCACGAAACCAAAAUGCUGACGAACCAGUUCAGCGUCUGCAACUCCAUUUGGUUCAUCACGGGGACAUUUCUGAGGCAGGGUUCGGGCCUGAAUCCAAAAGCAACCUCGACCCGUAUAGUUGGUGGUAUCUGGUGGUUCUUCACGCUAAUAAUCUUAUCUUCAUACACUGCCAAUUUGGCUGCCUUUCUCACCGUGGAACGAACCGUGUUGCCCAUACAAAGCGCGGCAGAUUUGGCUGCACAGAACAGCGUGCAGUACGGCACUUUGAAUGGCGGGUCGACGAUGACCUUCUUUCGGGACUCGAAUAUAGAUAUCUACCAACGUAUGUGGCAGCACAUGUCCUCAGCCACUCCUCCCGCGUUGGUGUCGUCUUAUGAAGAAGGGGUCAGGCGGGUUUUAGGGGGCAACUAUGCUUUUCUAAUGGAGUCUACCAUGUUGGACCACAGGGUCCAGAGAGACUGUAAUUUGACCCAAAUUGGUGGGCUUUUGGACUCGAAGGGUUACGGAAUAGCUACGUGGAAAGGCAGCCCUUGGAGAGAUAAGAUCUCUUUAGCGAUUCUGGAACUUCAAGAGAAAGGAGUGAUACAGAUAUUAUAUGAUAAGUGGUGGAAGAAUACUGGUGACGUCUGCAAUAGAGACGGAAAAGACAGCAAGGCCAGUCCUCUUGGAGUGCAGAAUAUUGGUGGAGUCUUCGUGACACUACUCUGUGGGCUGGUGCUUGCCAUAGUUGUGGCGAUAUUAGAGUUUUGUUGGAACACAAGAAAGACAGCGUCUCAGGGUCGGCAAUCAUUGUGCAGCGAGAUGGGGCAGGAGUUGCGUACAGCGAUGCGGGGUGGGUCCUCGCGGACCGUACUGAAGCCUGGUUGUUCCAGAUGUUCACCAGCGACUCAUGUUCCACCUGCACCUUCUAGAUAUGAGGUUUGA